UUAGUAGAAAGUCAGCUACUUGAAAAAAUAGGAUAGGGGUUACUUAAAGUUUUCUGCAAAAAGUUCCAAUGAAAAAUGUAGGGAUGAAUAGGUGGAGCAUAGGGUCAGUGAAACUAUUCUAUAUGAUGCUGUAAUGGUGGAUACAUAUCAUUUUACAUUUGUCAAAAUCCAUAGAAUGUACAACAUGAAGAGUGAACCUUAACUUAAGCUUGGACUUUAGUUAGUAAUGUAUCAACAUUGGCUUAUCAAUUGUAACAAAUGUAGGACACUGAUGUUAAUGAUAGAGAAAAAUAUGAGAGGUGUGUGGGGGUGUCUGUGGGAAUGCUGUGUAUUCUGCUCAGUUUUUCUGUAAACCUAAAACUGCUCUAAAACAUGAAGUCUAUUAAUUUUUAAAAAUAACAUAUAGAUAGAGAGAUAGAUAGAUAUGUAUCACACUGAAAUGAGGCUGCUAAAAAGCGAAUGCAAUUUUUGCCAAAGAAGGUAAUAUUGCUCCUAUUUUCUGAGUAUUUCAAAAGGCAACUGAUAUGGUGAAUGGUUUGGAAACCAUGUCAUGAGAAACUGGGAAAACUGUGAAUAUUUCUUUGAAGAGGAGAAAACUUCGUGGAGGCAGCAUGGUGAAAUAAAGAACAUUAUUUAUCGCAGAUAUUGCAAUGAUGGUUUCAGAAAAUUUUAAUAUAGAGGCACCCAACUAUUUGUCCAAAGAAUCUGAAGUUCUCAUUUAUGCAAGACAAGAUUCACAGUGCAUUGAUUGUUUCCAAGCUUUUUUGCCUGUGCACUAUCGCUAUCAUCGGCCACAUAGUCAAGAUGGAGAAACCUUUAUUGUGGUCAAUAACCCUGAGUUAUUGAUGUAUUGUGACCAAGAGUUUCCAAUUUUGAAAUGCUGGGCUCAGUCAGAAGUGACAGCUCCUUGUGCUUUGAACAGUAAGGAUAUCUGCCAGUGGAACAAUAUGAAAUAUAAAUCAGUUUAUAAGAAUGUGACUCUACAGGUUCCAGUGGGACUGACCAUACAUACCUCUUUAGUAUGUUCUGUGACUCUGCUCAUUACCAUCUUGUGUUGUACUCUGAUCCUUGUGGCUGUUUUCAAAUAUGGCCAUUUUUCCCUCUAAGUUUUAUGCAGUUAAAUGCGUUCCAGAAACCUAAGUAAGACCUAUUCAUUUGCGACUAGAAGCGUUCUUCUAGAAUUACGUCAUUACUUUUGUCUUUUGUCUUCAUUUAUGGCUAAUAUUAUGUCUACUAGAGGAAAUUCUGGAUCAUUCUCAACUAAUUUCAAAAUUCAGUGCUCUGUUGUAUAGACCUUUGAUAACCCUCAAGCAUCAAGUGCCAAUAGAGGAAACUUAAUUCUGUUAAAUUAAUAUUUAUUUUGUGAGAAGUGACUUUAUCUUCAUUUAGGUUAUAAGUGAAUACUUUAGUAGAGAUGAAUUAUUGCUAAAAAUUGAGAAAAUUGUUUUUGAAUAAGAAUAAUUUGGAUGAAUCAGACUUUAUUUAACUGUUUAUCUUAACGAGAAUAUUAGAGUAAUUUAUCCAGGAUUUCAAAGAAAAUCAUUAAAGUAGGACAGCUAAGAAAUUAUGAAAAUUGAUUAUUUCUUAAAGCAUUUCCAUUCUCCUUUUAUAGUUUUUAGUACUUCUUUUGAAUAUAUGAAUUGGCAAAGGGCUUAUGAAAUUACGUACUAAGAUUUAGUUCUGAUUUAAUACUGAAUUUGUCAGGAACACAAUUCAGAUUGUCAUUUUAAAGAGUAUAUUUUAUUAAGUUGUACAGCUACAAAACUUUCUUUGUAUUUUCAGGUGAUUUUUUUUUAAAAAAAAGGUCUUGAUUGACUCUUUUUCUUUGGAAAAAAUUAGAAAAUAAAGUAAGUGCCAUAAGCUAAUUAAAAAAUAAAAGGAUAAGCAUGUUUUAAAACAGAAACCAAUAAACUGGGGUAUGUUUGACGUUGUUUGUUUUGUAUGGCAUAAUGGGAUAUGAUAUACUUUAUACAUACUAUCAUGCUUAAUUUCCUAUAAGUUUCUGGGGUUUUUAUGGGAAUAAAUCUUUUAUAAUUUGCCAUGUACAGCUUGACCUAGUAAUAAGAGUUCUUUUUAAGGUGUGUUUGAGAACAUUUAUAUUGGAAAAGGCAACCCAGUGCCAUAAAGCAUAAAUAUUAGAGAUCUUUAAAAUGAUGAAAAUUUGAGCCUAGUCUUGUUUCAUAGCUGUUUAUUGUUUUCUUAUAAGAAAGAAUUCCACGUUUUCCAGGCAUUUUUUUUCCACAAUAGGAUUAAUAUAGUGGCACUGAAAUAGAAUUAUAUGCCAGUAAAAUUCAGUAACAUCAACAACCUUUUGGAAUAUGGCUAGACUAGGUGGAGGAAUACAGUACUGUUUAACCUCUGAAGAGCUUUGGGAUGUGUGUGUGUGUGUGUGUGUGAGAGUGUGAGUGUGAUCUUUAUUUUCUUUUGUACAUCAAAGCCAAGAUUCAUCAGUAUUUAAAUGUUUUCAAGUUAAUAUUUGAGAUUGUGGCUUGGAACAUGAUUCAGCCAUUUUCUCAUUUAUACAGGUGUUCAGAAGUGUAAUAAAAAUGUGAACAUGACUAAA